UAUCAUCUGUCGAGUUAGAAUCAGGAAAGCGAUUGAUUUAUCUCAAUUUCGUAUAUGUUAGACAUAUGAUUUAAUCAUAUAAGAGAUAAAAUAUAUUCAAUAUUAUAUUUACUGAACUUUAAAGCGUUAAAUACUCUUAAAGACAAUAUAUGAAUAAGUUGUCAAUAGAUAUCAUAACAAUUCAUUCAUCAUUUACGUCAACAUUAUCUAUCUACGUUUCUACGUAAGGUGCAUUUAAAAUGGCUGCAAUACUUGCACAACUCGGUGGAAACCCAUUUAACACUCCAGUUGGACAGAAAAUUGAACAAGCAACUGAUGCAUCUUUAGCUUCUGAAAACUGGACAGUGAAUAUGGAAAUAUGUGACAUCAUAAAUGAAACUGAUGAAGGACCUAAAGAUGCAGUUAAAGCUAUACGAAAAAGAUUGCAGCAAAAUGCUGGAAAGAAUUAUACAGUUGUGAUGUACACAUUAACUGUUCUUGAAACUUGUGUCAAAAAUUGUGGCAAACGUUUUCAUUUAUUAGUAACUCAAAAAGAUUUUGUUCAAGAUCUAGUCAAAUUGAUUGGACCUAAAAAUGAUCCUCCUACUGCAGUUCAAGAAAAAGUUUUGAGUUUGAUACAGAGUUGGGCUGAUGCAUUUCGAGCAGUUGCUGAAAUGCAAGGAGUUGUGUUAGUGUAUAAUGAUUUAAAGCAAAAAGGCAUUGAAUUUCCAAUGACUGAUUUAGAUGCAAUGGCACCUAUACAUACACCUCAGAGAAGUGUCCCACCUUCAAAACCACCUAAAAUGCAACCAGUAGAGAGAGUACCACCUCAGGUACAGCCACAGAUUCAACCAAGUUCUGAAAAUGUUACCAGUCCUUUAAAUUUAUUACCCGAUCAGUUAGCAAAAUUAAGAAGUGAACUUGAUGUUGUUCAAGGUAACAUGAGAGUGUUUGGUGAGAUGUUAACUGAACUAACUCCAGGACAAGAGCAUCCAAGUGAUAUGGAAUUAUUACAGGACUUGCAGAAGACAUGCCAUUGUAUGCAAAGUAGAAUUGUUGAAUUAAUAGAUAAAGUUGCAAAUGAAGAAGUUACAAAUGAAUUACUUAGAGUGAAUGAUGAACUGAAUAAUCUAUUUCUUCGAUAUGAGCGAUUUGAAAAGAAACGUACUGCUGUGAAUCAAAGUGGAGCAUCACCUGUACAGAAUAAACAGUCAUCACCACCACCACCACAGUCUGAAGGAAAGCCUUUAAUUGAUUUUGGAGAGAAUGAGGGCACUAGUGCUGAUGACAUACAUAAUCAGCUAGCUGGAAUGGGUGUAGGAUCUGCAAGUGCUUCUGUUGCCUUAAGUCAAAUAAAUACAGUAACAGCAACAAAUAAAGCGCCCACCCAUUCAAAUGAUGAUUUUGAUAUGUUUGCUCAAUCAAGAAAUGUAACUUAUGAACAAAGUAAAUCAAGUGGAAGUACCUAUGCAGAUAAUGCCAAUCCCGAUCAGCUGCAGAAGGAGCAAGAUUUUGCAGAAAUGGAACGUUGGCUUCAAGAUAAACCACCUGCUGAAGAGACCCAAGAAUCAAUUACGAGUUCAGAAUUUGAUAAAUUCUUGGCUGAGAGGACUGCAGCAGCAGAAAAAUUACCUAAUGUCUUUCCAGCAGAACAGACUUCUACUUUGAGUAAAUCGCCCACCAGUAGUUCCUCGGCAUCCAGUGCCGGCAAUAGAAAUGCACCCAAUAAUGCGGCCAAUCGCAGAAAGAUGGAUCGUGAAGACACGGACAAUGCGCUUUUUGCUUUGUGAACUAAGAAUUACAAUACAAAAUUAUAAUACCCUAAAUAAUCUAUGACAAGCCAAUAAUUAUAUUUUCUUUAUGCUGAUUCUAGGCAGGGUAAAAAGGUAAUGUAGCAGUUUUUAACUGCAAGUUAUCACUGUAACAUAGGUUGUUAAUAUCCACUUUGCGAAUAUUAUUUCUAAGAAUAUAUAUAUAAAAGAUUUCACUCGAGCGGCAUUGAAGCUCGCAUGAAAAAUUGUUCUAUUGAUGCUAGUUAUAUGUUGUCAUAUAGAUAUUGUUAAAAGUGUCAAAGUAAUGUAAAUGCAUUUUAUUGGAAAAAAAAUUUAUUGAAGUUUGAUAUAUAAAUUUAAAGGUAAGUUUGUUAGAAGGUACAUCUGUUUGAUUCCUUGCUCUUCAAUUAUAAAAAAAAAAAAUGUUAAACUUGUUUUUUUAUUUAAAAAAAAUGAGUUUAAUAUUGAUAUUACAACAGAAACAAGCUUGCUUAAGACCAAUUUAAUGCAGAUUAUUAAUAAAUUUAACAGAGUUAACCAGAAGUUGUCUAAUUUACAAAUAUAUAUGCAUAUGAAGCAAAAUUGUUAUAUUACUUUCAUCAGCAGAAACAUAAAGACUGAAUGUACAUCUGAAACUAAUAUUUUACUAUGAAUGUUAUAUUAUGCAAUGUCUGUUGUAAUCAAAUAUUCAGAAGCAUUUAAUCUAUAUGAUGUACUAAUUUAACAUAUGUUUAAAUUAUUGAUUUCCUAAAAUUUUUGUUGUAUUUUAUAAUUUCUAUAAGUUUUAUAGAGCACGGUUGCAUUAAAGCACUUGUGAAAUUUUCUGCAUUUAUUAUACAAAAA